GCACGGUAAUGACUCCGGAAGUGACGACUUAUAACCUUUCCAGAUCGAGGCCGGCAAGAUGGCGGCGGACACGCAGGGGCAGGUUUCAGACACACUGAAGAGAUUCGCUGUGAAAGUCACGUCGUCCAGCGUUAAAGAGCGCAAAGAAGUUCUUCAAGAACUGAAGGACUGUGUGAGAGGAAAGGAUCUUCCUGAGCCAGCCAUUAAAGGACUGUGCAAGCUCUUCUAUCUCACUCUGCACAGAUACAGGGAUGCUGCGUCUCGGCGAGCUUUGCUCUCGGUCAUCGAGGUGCUCGUCCAAUCGCAGCCUGAUGCCAUUGCGACCAACCUCCCUCCCGGUCUGCUGAGCUGUGGGGUGGUCAGCAGGGGCGUGAUGCCCGGGAAGAGCACGGCUUCAGGAGCCUGCUGCGCCCUGCCCUGGACCUGCUUGAUCGUUCAGACCGUCUUCCCCUCCGCAGACAGGAGAGAAGGUGCCAAAUGGAAGAAACUGGUUGAGGUUCAGAGUUUGCUGCUGGCGGAGGUGGUGGGCGGAGCCUCAGGGAACGCUCUCAAGUCAAUCAGCAAAUGCUUUAACAAGCUGUGGAAGGAGAACCCGGGCCUGGUGGAUCAGUACAUGAGCACUCUGCUGAGUUUGGAUCAGAGCUGUGUGUCUGUGCCGCUGCUGGGCUUGUGUGUGGAUUUCUGCACAGCGCACAAAGACAUCGCUACUAUCAACAAACACAAGGCGGCUCUCUUGGACCUGUAUGUGAAGACGGUUCUCAUGAGUAAGACCAGACCGCAUCAGCACAUCCUGGUUAAGAGCGGCUCGAUGCUUCGCCACAUGUCUCACACAGAGUUUAAAGAGCAGCUGCUGCCCACAUUACAGAAAGCUCUGCUGCGCAGCCCGGAGAACUCCAUGCCGACGAUCUCCUGCAUGCUGGCAUCUCUCACUCUUGAUCUGAGUCCGUACGCGCUGGACAUCGGGAAGGGCAUCUCCAGUCAGCUGAAGGCCAAUAACCCAGAGCUCAUGGAGCAGGCGGUGACGGCCCUCCAGAAUCUGGCCCAGCAGUGCAGCGACCCCAGCGCCGUCCAGGACCUCGUCAAACACCUCUUCGGCAUCCUCGGAGGCUCAGAGGGGAAGCUCACUGUUGUGGCCCAGAAGAUGAGCGUUCUGUCAGGAAUCGGAAGUUGCAGUCAUCAUGCCGUCUCUGGCUCUUCCUCUCAGUCUCUGAGCUCCAGCGUGGCUGUGAUGUUCAUUCCGUACCUGCAACAGGAAGUCCAUGAGGGGACGCUGGUGCAUGCGGUGUGUGUUUUAUCUCAGUGGACGAGCCGUUUGACGGUGAAUGUGACCUCAGAGUUGAGAGAAUGGUUUAAAAAAGCCUUCACCCUCAAGACCUCCACAUCCCUUGUGCGUCACGCGUAUCUCCAGGCCAUGAUCGGAGCUUUCAAAGGCGAUGCUCUCAAUCAGGCGGUGGACUUCCUGCCUCUCCUCAUCCAGACUGUGGAGAAAGCUGCUGCCCAGAAUACCCAGCAUGCUCUGCUGUCUGAAGGCGUGGCUGCCUCUGUGCUGCUCUGUCGGCUGUCAGUGCUGGACUCUGUGCCCGAAGCGAAGCUGGCGUCCUUCUGGAACCUGAUACUGGAUGAAAAGAAACCUCUGUUCACUACCGAGAAGUUCCUCUCUCAGGCCAGCGAAGAAGCUCUGUGCACCGUCCUGCUGCUGUGUGAAAGACUGUUCCUGGAUCAGCCACAAAGACUCAACAACAGCAAGUCUCAGAUGUACCAUCAGGCCACGGUGAUGGUGCUGCUGUCCCGUCUGUGGCGUGUGCGUAAGCGUGCUCAGCAGGCCGUGAAGAAACUCCUGUCCUCGCUGGGCGGCUCCAGUCUGGCCCACGGCCUUCUGGGAGAACUGCGUGUCGUCAUCAACAAACACAAGAUUCUGCCGUCAGAUGUCGUUUAUAUGGAGACGGGCGAGCUUACAGAGAUCGGCCGCUCUUAUGUCGCCCCGCGGAUCCUGCUGGACGCUCUGAGCGUGAUCUGCUCUGUGGCGGCCCAGUGGAACGACCCGGCAGAGACUGAGAAACUGGCCCUGGAUAUUCUCAUCGUUAUCCAUCAUCCGUCCAUCGUGGCCGUCAGGUCUGAGAUGUGGCCUUCUCUGCUCUCCACGAUGAAGCUGGACGCCGCUGAAUUCAUCGACAAACACCUGGAGAUGAUUCUGCCUCGCCUGCUAGAAGCCAACACAGACAAUCAGGCCGUUCAGAAUGCUGUCGGUUCUCUGUCGCUUCUGUCUCCCACCAGACUGCUGCCGUGUGUCAUGGAUCACGUGACCCAGCGCUUGUCCAAUCCGGCGCUGAGGCAGGUGACGCGUCAGGAGUAUGCCAUCAUGCAAACGCCGGAGGGAGAACUUUACGACAAGAGCAUCAUUAUGAGCGCUCAGCAGGAGAGCACAAAGAAAGGCAACAUGAAAAGAGAGAAUAAGGCGUAUUCCUUCAAAGAGCAGAUCAUUGAACUGGAGCUUCAAGAGGAGAUCAAGAAGAAGAAAGGCAUCAAAGAGGAGAUCCAGCUGACCAGCAAGCAGAAGGAGAUGAUGCAGAACCAGCUGGAGAAAGAGUCUGGCAUCCGCGAGCGUUUGCAGGAGCUGGACGUGGAGCUGCAGUGUGCGGUCAGUCUGCUGGAGGCGGCUCUGGCCCGUCGUCCUCCUCUGAUCUGGAUGCAUCUGCCUGGAGUCCUGCAGGCUGUUCUGCCCCUCCUUCAGUCUCCUCUGGCUGCUCCCCGCGUCAAACAGGUCUUCCUGCACAUUGGCAUCACUCUCAUGCCUAAAGAACUGCACUACCUGGCAGUUCUCGUGGGUCAUGUGACCUUGCGUCAGCUGAAGCCAGAGUGUGAUUUGGAUCCUGCCUGGGCUCAAGAAGAUCUGAACACAGCGACACAACGAACCAUCUCACUGCUGCACACAAACACGGCACCUCAGAGAGACGGCAAGACCGGAUCAGGUGCAUUUGUCCUGUCAGCGCCGGCGUUCUCCUUCUGUUUCCCGCUGCUGCAGGCGGUGUUGAGUCAGAGCAGCGGAUCCUCAGAGGAGAGCGAGCUCAUGAUGACCCGCGCGCUACAGGUCAUCAACACACACGCGCAGCUGCGGGCCAAAUCCAACGACACGCUUGCAGACAAGAACGGCCCAGAGCUGCUGCCCAGAGUCAGUAUGCUGCAGCUCUUGACCAAAGUGAUCGGCACGUCCACCCCUCGUCUUCAGGUGCUGGCAUCAGGCUGUCUGACGGCACUGUGUGCCAGCGCUGGAGGGCAGGAGGGAUGUGCGCUCGCCGAACAGCCUGAGAUUGACGCUCUGCUGGAGGCUUUACUGUCCUCGUGCUUCUCUGUCAGAGACGCUGCGCUCAGGGGUCUGCUGGAGAUGGAGUUGGCGUUACCCACUGAUGGUGCUGAUGCCAACGGUCUGAAGAUGCUGAGGAGACUGUGGGUGGCCAAAUUUGAUGUGGAGGAGGAGGGCAGAGCUCUGGCAGAGAACAUCUGUGGAAAUCUUGAGAGUGAUGUGAUUCCUGUGUGCAGGUGUGGCAUCGCUCUAGCACUCAACAAACUGGCUGAGUUCCUGGAUGAGAGUCAGGUGACGCCCCUCUUCCUGUUCUUUGUGCCGGAUGCUCUGAACGACAGACACACAGAGGUGCGGCGCUGCAUGCUGGACGCAGCGCUGUCUGCACUCAACACGCACGGCAAGGAUAACGUGAACUCGCUGCUGCCCGUGUUUGAGGAGUUUCUGAAGAAUGCGCCACAGGACGCCAGCUAUGACUCGGUGCGGCAGAGCGUGGUCAUCCUCAUGGGCUCGCUGGCCAAACAUCUGGACAAGAGCGACCCUAAAGUCAAACCCAUCGUGGCCAAGCUGAUCACGGCCCUCUCCACUCCCUCACAGCAGGUCCAGGAGUCGGUGGCCAGCUGUCUUUCUCCUCUGGUUCCUGCUAUAAAGGAGGACGCCGGUGGGAUGGUGCGGAAGCUCCUGCAGCUCCUGCUGGAGAGCGACAAAUACGCCGAGCGGAAGGGAGCUGCGUACGGACUGGCCGGGCUGGUCAAAGGCCUGGGAAUCCUGUCUCUCAAACAGCAGGAGAUCAUGACCACUCUGACAGACGCCAUCCAGGACAAGAAGAACUCCAGACGCAGAGAGGGUGCUCUGUUUGCGUUUGAGAUGCUGUGCAACAUGCUGGGGAAGUUGUUUGAGCCGUACGUGGUUCACGUCCUUCCUCACCUGCUGCUCUGUUUUGGUGAUGGGAACCAGUAUGUCAGAGAGGCAGCGGAUGACUGCGCUAAGGCUGUGAUGAGGAAUCUGAGCGCUCACGGCGUGAAGCUGGUGCUGCCGUCUCUGCUGAUGGCUCUGGAGGAGGAGUCCUGGAGAACCAAAGCAGGGUCGGUAGAGUUGUUGGGUGCGAUGGCGUACUGUGCUCCUAAGCAGCUGUCCUCGUGUCUGCCGAACAUCGUUCCCAAACUGACGGAGGUUUUGACCGACUCUCAUGUGAAGGUGCAGAAAGCCGGUCAGCAAGCGCUCAGACAGAUCGGCUCUGUCAUCCGCAACCCUGAGAUCCUGGCGAUCACCCCCAUCCUGCUGGACGCUUUGACCGACCCGUCUCAUAAGACGCAGCACUGCCUGCAAACGCUGCUGGACACAAAGUUUGUACACUUCAUCGACGCUCCGUCUCUGGCUCUGAUCAUGCCCAUCGUCCAGAGAGCAUUUCAGGACCGUUCCACCGACACACGCAAGAUGGCCGCGCAGAUCAUCGGAAACAUGUACUCACUCACUGAUCAGAAGGAUCUGUCUCCGUAUCUGCCCAGCGUGGUUCCAGGACUCAAAGCGUCUCUGUUGGACCCUGUGCCCGAGGUGCGGACCGUGUCGGCUAAGGCUCUGGGUGCUAUGGUGAAGGGAAUGGGCGAGUCCUGCUUCGACGAUCUGCUGCCGUGGCUCAUGGAGACGCUGGCAUCGGAGCAGAGCUCUGUGGACCGAUCCGGCGCCGCUCAAGGUCUGGCUGAGGUGAUGGCAGCGUUAGGUGUGGAGAAGCUGGAUAAACUGAUGCCAGACGUGGUUCAGACGGCCAGUAAGGUGGACAUUGCCUCUCACGUCAGAGACGGAUACAUCAUGAUGUUCAUCUACCUCCCUCUGACCUUUGGAGAAAAAUUCACCCCGUAUGUGGGUCCCAUCCUUCCCUGCAUCCUCAAGGCUCUGGCCGAUGAGAACGAGUACGUGCGAGACACGGCCCUGCGCGCCGGCCAGCGCAUCAUUAGCAUGUACGCCGAGACGGCCAUCGCUCUACUGCUGCCAGAGCUGGAGCAGGGCCUGUUUGACAACCUCUGGAGGAUCAGAUUCAGCUCGGUGCAGUUGCUAGGCGACCUGCUGUUCCAUAUCUCCGGGGUAACGGGAAAGAUGACAACAGAGACGGCAUCAGAGGAUGACAAUUUUGGCACGGCCCAGUCGAAUAAGGCCAUCAUUGGAGCGCUGGGUGCAGAGAGACGCAACCGUGUGCUUUCUGGGCUCUACAUGGGCCGCUCAGACAUACAGCUGGUGGUCAGACAGGCGUCUCUUCACGUGUGGAAGAUCGUGGUGUCGAACACGCCGCGAACGCUACGAGAAAUCCUGCCCACCCUCUUCACGCUGCUGCUGGGCUUCCUGGCCUCCACCUGCCCAGACAAGAGAACGAUCGCCGCUCGUACUUUAGGUGACCUGGUGAAGAAACUGGGUGAGAAGAUCCUGCCUGAAAUCAUUCCCAUCCUGGAGGAGGGUCUGCGCUCGGAUAAGAGCGACGAGAGGCAGGGCGUGUGUAUCGGCCUCAGCGAGAUCAUGAAGUCCACCAGCAAAGAAGCAGUUCUGGUGUUCUCCGAGUCUCUGGUUCCCACCGUGCGUAAGGCCCUGUGUGAUCCUCUGGAAGAGGUUCGUGAAGCGGCUGCCAAAACCUUCGAGCAGCUCCACGCCACCAUCGGUCACCAGGCCCUCGACGACAUCCUGCCUAUGCUGCUCAAACAACUGGAUGAUGACGAGACGUCAGAGUUUGCGUUGGAUGGAUUGAAGCAGGUGAUGGCUGUGAAGAGUCGAUCUGUCCUGCCUUACCUGGUGCCCAAGCUGACGGCUCCUCCUGUAAACACACGUGUCCUCGCCUUCCUGUCUGCGGUGGCAGGAGACGCUCUGACGCGACACCUCGGGGUGAUUUUACCCGCGCUGCUCUCCUCUCUCAAAGACAAGCUGGGCUCAGAGGAGUGCCUGCAGGAGCUGAGCAACUGUCAGACUGUAAUCCUCUCGGUGGAGGAUGAAGUGGGCCAGAGAAUCAUCAUUGAGGAUCUGCUGGAGGCCACGCGAGGAGCAGACGCUGGGCUGAGACAGGCAUCUGUCACCAUCCUCCACGGGUACUUCUCCCGAACACGGCUGGACUACAGCGCUCACACGCGCAGGCUGCUGUCUGGCCUCAUGCGGCUCAUGAACGACCCCAACCCUGAGGUGCUCAACCAGAGCUGGGACACCAUCAACUCCAUCACAAAGAAACUGGAUGCUGGCAGUCAGCUGUCCCUUAUUGAUGACCUGCACAGGGACAUCCGCUCUGCUGCCGCUGAGGUCAAAGGUCAACACUUACCUGGCUUCUGUCUGCCCAAGAAGGUGGGCAUCGCUCUGAACCCCGUCCUGCCGCAGCUCCAGACCACCUUCCUGAAGGCCCUCCAGGACUCCAGCCGGGCCGUGAGGCUGCGGGCGGCAGAGUCUCUGGGUCAGCUGGUCUCCAUACACUCUAAAGUAGAUCCACUGUUCACUGAACAACUGUCGGCCAUACGCAACGCAGAGGACUCUGGAGUCAGGGAGACGAUGUUACAGGCCCUGCGCUUCGUCAUCCAGGGUGCAGGGGCAAAGGUCGACGCCUCCAUCAGGAAGAACAUCACCAUCACACUGCUGGGCAUGCUGGGACAUGAUGAGGAUGCCACAAGAAUGGCCUCAGCAGGCUGUGUUGGCGAGCUGUGUGCCUUCCUGUCAGAAGAGGAGCUCAAGAGUGUGUUACAGCAGCAUGUCCUCGCGGAUGUGUCUGGUGUGGACUGGAUGGUGCGUCACGGCCGUAGUUUGGCUCUGGCUAUCGCAGUGAAGUCCGCUCCUGAUCAAUUGUGUUCGGAGGAGUACAGCUCGUCUGUGCUGGAGGCCGUCUUAUCUAGUGCCACCGCAGACAGAAUCCCCAUCGCCUGCAGCGGCAUCAGAGGCAUGGGUUACCUGAUGAGACACCAGCUCCACACAGGAGGACCGGAGAGCAUCUCGCCCCGCGUCAUCACACAGUUCGUCAAGUGUCUGCAGAACCAGUCGAGUGACAUUCGUCUGGUGACGGAGCGUGUGCUUUGGUGGGUGUGUAAGGAGGCGGAGACUCCCGCGCUGGAGCCCAAUCUGGUCAAACCGGUCAUCAAAGCCCUGCUGGACAACACCAAGGACAAGAACACCAGUGUCCGAGCGCAGAGCGAGCACACGCUCGUCAGCCUGCUGCAGCUGCGCCGGGGAGAAGACGGCAUGCAGAGCGUCAGUGCGAUCCUGGACUCGGCCAGUAACGAGCUGCUGUCAGAAUGUUACCGCAGAUCCUUGAAGAAGAUCUCCAGCCUUCCCGAUUCUAACGAAGAGAUCGAUGACACCAUCCUGACAUGAUGGACAGCCUCAGCUGCUCUGAAUCCAGUGCUGUAGCCGCUGAUGUUCUCCGAGAUCCUGCAUCAGUCAGCCACACACACACACUCUCCUCACGCUAGCUUUGACUCUUCAUGUCAUGUACAUCACAAGGAAAGCCUGGGAAAGUAUAUAUUGUGCUGAGCCCCUGAAAUCAUCUAAAAUCUGCAUUUUCCUCAAUUGGCUAUUAAUUUGUAAAUGUAUAUUUUUCGUUUGGUUUUCUUCUGAAAGAUGAAGUAUUAAUUUGUGCCAAUUCUUUUCCAACACUGAUGUUCUGCUGCCCUUUUAUAUUUCGUUUGGAUGGUGAGCAGUUUCUCGCUGUUGUGAUUGAUUUCUCUCUGUGUGUGAGAGAGACACGUGAGCCAUUAACAACCCAAAGGAUGUGAUGCUGAUUUUUCCAGUUAGCACUGUGUCCACUAAUAAUGGUUGUAUGAAUAAAUAGAAAAUGAAAACUUUGAUUUAAUAAACGGUUUGACUUAAAGAAAUUACAUUUGUUUGUUUCG